AUGGCCAUGGCCCGUCCCUCCUCUCCUUCGAACGGCAAUAGCUUUGAUGCCUACUAUCGGGAGUUUUCAGCACUCUUGAGGCAGCUGGAAGAAGAGCCGCAGCAGCAACCACAAAAGCCCAGUGCGUCUUCUUCUUCUACUAGCAAAAGUAGUAGUCAUGUCAACAACCACUCCAAACCAAUGACAAGCCACGACACAAAAGAGUCGCUCCAAAAACAGUGCUCGGAAUUACUCAGUCUCAUGACAUUGGAAGCUCGAUCGACUGACUGUCCCGACACCAAAUUUGAGCGCCUAGAACGCGUCAAGAUAUACAAGUUCCAGCUAGAAGCUGUGCGACAACAGCACAAUCAAGACUUUUUGAUGGGAGAUCAGGCCGCCGCCAUGCUUCAAGUCAAGGAUCAAAUUGCCAGAACGGAAAUGAGAGCCGCACAACAAAAUGAAUUGCUCGAACGAGCCAGACGAUCCGUAUUGGAAACAGAACAAGUCGGAAACUCGGUGCUGCAAGAAAUGCAUCGCAAUCGAGAAACCAUCGAAUCGGCACAGCGACGCAUUGGGACGUUUUCCGUCAUGACCGAACAGGCUUCCAAAAUCAUACAAAACAUGUCCAAGCCUUGGUGGAGGCGACGACGGUGA